UUAAGAGCCCCACCUCCGAUAGGAAUAAGUUCAAUAACCCAUUGUUUCCAAUUUAUUUAACGUAGAGUUUAAAUUUUACAAGAAAAUAUCUGUUUUACAUUUUGGUGGUUUAUGAAUACAUCUUAUAACGAUAUCUAAGUGAUGUAUUUUUUAUUUUGCAUGGGUUGGAUUCCAAACAAAAGAGCUAAUUUAUAGAACUGAAGUUAUUUCCGAAUGUAUUAAAUUACAUUGAGGACACUUAACCAUUGUCACCGGCAUCAUUAAGUCGACAAUAAGUCCAUCUUGGUGGUUUAAUAAUCAUUUAAUUAUGUCGUGUCGGAAUUAUCUUUUGUUAAGGUAGAUAUUAAUGUCUGUGGAUAAGAGAAGGCGACUUACAUAUUCCAGGUUCGAUGUUCCGUCGUCUUCAUGUUUACACAUUUCAUUUCGUUACAUCGUUAAUUUAUACAAAAGAAGGGAAAUAAGUUUUAACCACCAACUCAUCAACUAAUGAGUUAUCCUUCAUGUUCCAUUACAACUCAAAAGUCAAAGAAUGCCAAUUUCACCCGGAUCUCUGCUACCAGUCAUUUAUGGAUCUUCUAUAUUUUCAGCCUACAUAGCUUCUUUUAAGUGUAUUUACAUUUCUUAAUCUAGAAAUAGAAACCCUUUUAUUUUUCAACAGUCUGUGUGCCACUGUUGAAGGCCCCAAUCAACCUCAGAAUUCUAGUGGUAAGGAGAAAAUACAGCAACAUUGUAUAUUUUGUACACAUGUAAAUAGAGUUUCAGGAUAUCCAAGAGAAAAAACUAUAACAUUUUAGAUUAUACUCAGAGACGUUUUUUCAACUUUUAAGAAUUUUUUAAGAAUUAAUAUGGAAGAUGUUAAUCAUUCGGAUACAUCCAGCACAACUCUUCUUAACAAUAAAGGUUCAGUUACACAGACAUUCAGCGGAGAGAAAGCUUUACCUAUCGGGACAUUGACAAUACAAAAGUUAUUACAAAGAAACAUUCCUGAAUAUCGCUGUGAGAUUUGUAGGGAAACUUUCCCUUCAGAAUAUGAAGUCGUUAUACACAAGGAAAUACACAAUAGAAGAAAACCAUAUUGCUGUGAAGUCUGUGGCAAAUAUUUUGUAUCUAACAGUAAAUUAACAAGACACAAAAGACAACAUACUGGAGAAAGGCCUUAUCAUUGUGAAAUUUGUGCAAAGUCGUUUGUUGAUAAUGGGGGUUUAAACAGACACAAAAGAAUUCAUACUGAAGAGAAACAUUAUCGCUGUGAAGUGUGUGAGAAAUCUUUUGUUUAUAACAGUGACUUAACAAAACACAAACGUAGUCACACCGGAGAAAAACCGUUUCACUGUGAAAUUUGUGGCAAAUCAUUCUCUGAUAAUUCAAGUCUUGUAAUUCACGUACGCAGCCACACCGGAGAAAAACCUUUCCACUGUGAAAUAUGUGGCAAGUGUUUCAGUGAAAAUUCUAAGCUUACAAUCCACAUACGUAGUCAUACGGGAGAGAAACCAUUUCCUUGCGAAAUUUGUGGCAAGUCUUUCUCUGUCAAUUCCCAUCUUGUAGUUCACAGGAAAAUACACACUGGGGAAAAACCAUAUCUCUGUGAGUUUUGUGGGAAAUCAUUUAUCACUAACAGUCACUUAAAAACUCACAAAUUAAAACACACAGGGGGGAAACCAUUGAAAUAUGAAGCAUGAGAACAUUUAAUCAAGGUGGAAUGGAUCAGAAUUCAUUCUCAUUCAACUCUCAUCUUGGAGUCUAUAAAUUUGCUUCUUGUUUCAGAGGAGCCCUUUCACUACAAUAUGAAAGAAAUUCUUAAUUGUGAAUUAUAAACUUGGGUUGACAAAUAAGUAUAAACUGAAUGAAAAAGAAAACUACAUCAAUGUAAAAAAAUGUAUCAGUUUGUAGACAGUCAUUGUGAAAUAUAUUGGAGUCUUGCAAUCCACAAGUACACCUUGGAAUAAGAUUUGGUAAUUCUUAUUUGUCAAUAAGAUUUCUUACAGAAACACAAUCUCAUUAAUCAUAACUGGAACAAUAUAGAUGUAAAACCUUAUAAAAAUGAAAUUUGCUAAAAAUUAUUCUCAUUGAGAAGCUGUUCCCCUCUCUCUCUCUCUGGGAGAGAGGCACAAGCACAUACACAGACAUAUACACACACAGCAGUAACUUACGCCUACCAUGAACCCGAAACCAUGUAGCUGGGAAGCAAGCUUCCUAACCACACAGCCAUGCCCGCGCCUGUUAUAGACUAAUAUAUACAAGAAGAAAAUAUUACUAAGAUAUUCUGAAUAAAUUGAUAUAAAAUGAAA